AUGUCCUACAGCCAGGCAAGGCGCUACUCCCGCCCGACCUCGUCCUCCCGCCGUCAAUCGAUGACGUCCGACGACGAGGGCACCUCCCCCAACUCGGGUUUCGCUCCUCCCAGGCCCGCCUUCCUCGCCGGCCGCGACGGCUCCUGGUACUCCGGCACCUCCUCGGAGCCUCAGAGCGAAGACGAGAGCCCGCCGCCGCCGCCAGUGCCCCAACAACGCGCCUCCCGCCACGGCCGCGCCCGCUCGGCAACGGCCCCGCAUGCCGGCGGCUACGCCUCUGUCGCCAACGCCGAGGGUGCCGAGGGACCCUUUGCAGACGGCGCUGGCCAGCUGAGCCCGAGCGCUACCCUGCGAAGCGCAACGAGUAUUCCUAUGCCCCAAUUCGACGACGGCCCGCUUAGCCCGCCGAUGAGCGCCGCCUCACCGUCGCACCCAUUGAUGUCGGCCUCGAGCAGGACCUCCCUCGGCCGUGGCGCGCCUCCCAGCGCCUUUCCUUUCCAGGCGCAUGCGGGAAACCCCGAUCCGCUCCCGACAGGGAUGCGCUCCCGCCGCGCUUCCUUCGACAGUUCCCGCGGCCAAACCAGCGUCGAGGGUUCUGCGUGGGAACCUGACCAGUAUGGUCUAGAGCGCCCGUACGCGCCCUUCAUGGCGGAGCGCGGCGGGAAUGCAGUCUACAGGAACUCUGGCUCGAGCAAUGGAAUCGGUAUGGGCGACAUGAGCCCACGUGGGAGCACCACUUCAUUCCGCGCGCCUUUCUUGUCGCCCGCCUCGCGCCCUGCCAGCGUCGCAUGGACGCCUCCGUCUUACUUGUCCAAUCCUGCGCUGCCCGGCACGCCUGGUCUGGGCGGCACGGGCGCCAGCACGCCGCUGCCCGGCCCGAAACCGCCGCUUCCUAGUACGCUUCUCGCGGAGAAGCUCAGCAAGGAGGACAAGCCGUGGAUGAAGGAGAAGGACACGCGUUCGCGGGCAUCUUACUGGGUCACCCUCUUCAUGUUCAUCUUGGGUAUUGGUGGCGCCGCCGCGCUCUCGUGGCGUGGUUGGGUCGACGGUGGAAGCGAGAUGAUCCCGGACAGCGAGCUUUGCAGCGUCUUUAGCGAUCAGUUCAGUUCGCUCGACAUUGACAGCUCCGGCUCGAAGUGGACGCGCGACGUAGCGCUUGGUGGCUUCGGGAACAACGAGUUCGAGAUGACGACGAACAGCGACAAGAACUUGUUCAUCAAGAACAACGAGCUCUACAUCAUGCCUACGCUCACGACUGCAACUGGUGGUAUCUCGUACAGCGGCCUCUUCGACGGCUCCAAGUACUCCCUCGACGGCUGUACCGCGGCAUCGGAAGUCAACUGUACCGUUUCGUCUUCAAACUCAUCCGGCACGACGAUCCCGCCCGUCAUGAGCGCCCGCAUCUCGACCCAGAACUACACCAACGGCGCCAUCAAGUACGGCAAGGUCGAAGUCAUCGCGAAGCUUCCCUCCGGCGACUGGCUCUGGCCGGCGAUCUGGAUGCUGCCCAAGAACAGCCCGUACGGCGAGUGGCCCGUAUCUGGCGAAAUUGACAUUAUGGAAGCCCGCGGUAAUGGUCUGUCCUACGGCGCCCAAGGCGCCAACUACGUUCGCUCUUCUCUGACGUGGGGCCCCAUGGAAUCCCUCACUAAGCGCGGAUACGGCUGGCAGUCAAUGAAGCGCAACACCUACGCCCAGGACUUCCACACCUACACCCUCGAAUGGACCGGCGACUUCAUGAAGGCGUACGUCGACUCGCGCCUGAAAGCCAUGAUCGACUUCAAGACUACCGGUUCGGGCGGCAAGUCCUUCUGGGAGCGCGGCGACUUCCCGCAGGUCACCCAGAACGGCUCGAGCCAGGUCGUCGUUGAGAACCCGUACUCGAAGGGCAGUGCGGCAGCGCCGUUCGAUCAGGAGUUCUAUCUUAUCUUGAACGUCGCGGCUGGCGGGACGAGCGGUUGGUUCCCGGACGGCGUCGGCGAUAAGCCGUGGCUCGAUGGGAGCAGCACUGCCAUUCGCGAUUUCACGCAGAAGCAGGCGACUUGGAGCGCGACGUGGCCGAGCAGCGAGGACGACCGCGCGAUGCGCGUCAAGAGCGUCAAGAUGUGGAAGCUCUGCUAG